UAGGCAGGUCAGAUAACCAAUCAGUGACGCGGCUUGGUACCCCUAGGGAGGUACCGAGCUCCGUCGUCUCGUUUCCGGCGGUCGCGCGCUCUUUUCUCGGGACGGUAGAGGCCGUGUAGCGUCGCCGUUACUCAGAGGAGAGAACAGUCAUCGGAGGGGUGUAAAAAUGCAGAGCAAUAAAACAUUUAACUUGGAGAAACAAAAUCAUACUCCAAGGAAGCAUCAUCAGCAUCACCACCACCAGCAGCAACAACAGCAGCAACCGCCACCUCCACCAAUACCUGCAAAUGGUCAACAAGCCAGCAGCCAAAAUGAAGGCUUGACUAUUGACCUGAAGAAUUUUAGGAAACCAGGAGAGAAGACCUUCACUCAACGCAGCCGACUCUUUGUAGGCAACCUUCCUCCUGACAUCACUGAGGAGGAGAUGCGGAAACUGUUUGAGAAAUAUGGGAAGGCAGGCGAAGUCUUCAUUCAUAAGGAUAAAGGCUUUGGCUUUAUCCGCUUGGAAACACGAACCCUAGCGGAGAUUGCCAAAGUGGAACUGGACAACAUGCCACUUCGUGGAAAGCAGCUUCGUGUGCGCUUUGCUUGUCAUAGUGCAUCCCUUACGGUUCGAAACCUUCCUCAGUAUGUGUCCAAUGAACUGCUGGAGGAAGCCUUUUCUGUAUUUGGCCAGGUGGAGAGGGCUGUAGUCAUUGUGGAUGAUCGAGGAAGACCCUCAGGGAAAGGUAUUGUUGAAUUCUCAGGGAAACCAGCUGCUCGCAAAGCUCUGGAUAGAUGCAGUGAAGGAUCCUUCCUGCUAACCACGUUUCCAAGGCCUGUGACUGUGGAACCUAUGGACCAGCUGGAUGAUGAAGAGGGACUUCCAGAGAAGCUGGUUAUAAAGAACCAGCAGUUUCACAAGGAACGAGAGCAGCCACCAAGAUUUGCACAGCCUGGCUCCUUUGAGUAUGAGUAUGCUAUGCGCUGGAAGGCACUCAUUGAGAUGGAGAAGCAGCAGCAGGACCAAGUGGACCGCAAUAUCAAGGAAGCUCGUGAGAAGCUAGAGAUGGAGAUGGAGGCUGCUCGCCAUGAGCACCAGGUCAUGCUCAUGAGGCAGGAUUUGAUGAGACGUCAAGAAGAGCUUAGGAGGAUGGAAGAGCUGCAUAAUCAAGAAGUGCAAAAACGAAAGCAACUGGAGUUGAGGCAGGAGGAGGAACGCAGGCGACGUGAAGAAGAGAUGCGGCGACAGCAAGAAGAAAUGAUGAGGCGACAGCAGGAAGGAUUCAAGGGAACCUUCCCUGAUGCGGUAUAUCUCCCAUGUGUCCUUAAUAGAGAACAGGAAAUACGGAUGGGCCAGAUGGCUAUGGGAGGUGCUAUGGGCAUAAACAACAGAGGUGCCAUGCCCCCUGCUCCUGUGCCAGCUGGUACCGCAGCUCCUCCAGGACCUGCCACUAUGAUGCCAGAUGGAACCUUAGGACUGACUCCACCAACAACUGAACGCUUUGGCCAAGCUGCUGCAAUGGAAGGAAUUGGAGCAAUUGGUGGAACACCACCUGCAUUUAAUCGUCCAGCUCCUGGGGCUGAAUUUGCUCCAAACAAACGCCGCCGAUACUAAUAAAAUUGCAUUGUCUAUUAUUCCCAAAACCCUUAAAAGAAGGACCCCUUUUGGACUAGCCAGAAUUCUUCCCUGGAAAAGAGUUAGGGAUUCCUCCCAAUAGUUAGGUUCUCUUUCCUGCCUGUGCUACCCUUGGGGUAUAUGCUGGAGGCAGAGGGCAAGGGAGGGGUGAUAAUCAAGAAGUCAGUUAAUGUGUGGUAUGUUGCUUCAUUGAUUAUGUGUGGUACAUUCCUAAAAUCUCGUGGUUAUUGAGUUAGGGCAUAAGCCAUGGCAAAAUGAAUCCAGUUAGAGCCCCAUUGAUCUUGAUCAUUCCAUCUUUUGCCCAUCUUUUAUUUGCUUAUUCCUUAUAUACACUUCAACCCCCAAAUCACUGCCGCAUAUACCACAAAAAACAAGCAUCCCCCAGUGACCUUAGCCCCAUUGCUCCAUUCCUUCACUCCCUGGUUGGUAUUUAGGCAGAUGUCCACAGAGGUCACAGACAGCAUACAUAUAUAAUUGUUAUGUUAUCCCAUAUAUUACCCCUUCUUGUUCUCUUAGAGAUUUUCAUUUUAGUAUAUCUUUAAAAAAAAUAUUGUGUUAAAUUGCCUCCAUCUUUUUCAUGGGUGAGGACAACCCAGGAAUGAUCCUUUUGUGUUACGAUGUUGCUGUUCACAGCUUUUCUUGAUAGGGCUAGUACAAUCUUGUGAGAAGGGUUGCUGUAUGCUGAAGAUCACAGACAGUAGCUCUUAGCCUGGCCUAUCUUAGGUAGUUAUGCUGUGCAUUUUUUAUUGGUGUAUCAUGUCUGAUUUGUCCAUAUCUUUGGAGUUUUUCUGAGAUGAUGGAGCAGAAAUGCAGCAUCAACUUAUUAAAAUACAUUUUAAGCCUUUUAA